GUCUGUUGCGUUUGCCGAAUGUCUGCUGGAGUCUUUUCAUUAAUGGACAAGCACGUGUAUUAAAAUGGCUGCCGUCAGCGAGAAUGCCACAACCCAAAGUCAAGUUGGUGGUGACCGGAGAUGAUUUUGGGUAUUGCCUAAGGAGGAAUCGAGGAAUAGUGGAUUGUUUUCAAGCGGGAGCAAUUUCCAAUGUUUCGCUUUUGGUCAACGCUAGCUCGGCAAAAGAUGCGGCAGACCUGGCAAAACGGCAUCACAUGCCCAUUGGCCUUCAUGCCAACCUUUCAGAGGGUCUACCAGUGUGUCCAAAUCUCAGGAGUGGGUCGACUCUCUUGAACGAUGAUGGAUUUUUCCAUGGAAAGAUGGGGUUCCGCAAGGAGUUACAGAACGGCCAACUAAGCAUGUCAGAGGUGGAGUUGGAGCUCCGGGCUCAGGUGAAGUUGUUCUGUGAGCUGACAGGCCACCUGCCCCAUCACAUGGACGGCCACCAGCAUGUGCAUGUCCUGCCAGAGGUGCGAGACAUAUUUGCACAGGUUCUGUCAGAUUAUGGAAUCCCCUUCACACGGGUUCCAGUGGAGCCGGGGCUGCUGACGUGCCCAUGGCUGCCUCCCACACUCCGGGAGUUCUACAUGCAGGUGGAGAAGGAUGCGAAAGACACUGUUGGUAUAUUCCGCAGGCAUGGUAUCAGGUGGCCUGAUGCGUACCUGGGCCUCACAACCAUGGGUAACAACAUGUCAAUCGCUAACAUCAAAAGGGCCAUAGGCAACGCCCUGGAUGCAGUGUCCUCCCGGGAAGGCGAGGUAACCCGUGACUGCGAGGCACCCGCUGUAGACCAGCCCAUCACCAUGGAGCUGAUGGUGCACCCAGGGUACCCCAGCGAUCCCCAGCAGGGAGGCUGUGGCCAGGGGCCUGACGACUUCUCUCAGUCUUCGGACCGGCAGCACGAGCUCGACACCCUGACGGACCCCCGGCUGCUGGCUUUCUACAAGCAGGAAAGAAUCCAGCUGUGUGCUUUUAAAGACUUCUGAACUGGCCUUGCAAAGGACACCACAGGAGAGGGGAGGCUGCUGCUUCACCCCUCUCUGCCUACAAGGCCCUUUCAGAAUGCUGCUGUUGAGAUCCUCCGCAACUACAACACUUCCAGCAAGUUGCUUCACCAGGCAGCCUUUUUUAUAGAAAGCAAGCACAUGGGAAAUUUGUCAUGCAGAGAAAAGGAUAUGAAGAACAUGACCUUUUUAACAACCCAAAACCAGAUGCAUUUUACUCACGGGUAUUUCAAAACCACCAGUGUUGUCGAGAACAAACCUGCCAUGUAAUCCACACACGCUAAUUGAACGUGUUUUUGAAAUGCAAAUGUACAUUUGAAAUUACAGUAGGUUAGCAUAUUGUAUCUAUUUUCUUAAUGUAUUUAUGGAAAGUUGAUUUGUAAUUGUUGUAAUUCUUGAGAGGAACUUAUUUUUUUUAAAUAAACAUUAUAGCUUGUACUGAAAAUACAGCCAUAUUUUAAAAAGGGAACAUAUUCAUUUUGGAAAGCAAAAAACAAUGCAAGUCUCCUCUAUUUCUUGACUUACAGAUUGUAUUACAUCAGAUUUACAGUUUUAGCACUCUAAAUUGAGUUUUUUACACAAUAUACUCUACUUACCCAUAGAGAAAACAGCCAUAAAAUAUUAAAACCAACUUAGUUGUAACAAAUAGAAGCCUUACUGAUGCCAUGUUCCAUCUACUGUGCAGUCAGAAUGAAUAAACUUGACAGCAAUUUUCUACUGAUUGCCUUAAGUGUCUUUUAAAUGGGAUUUUUUACAGGGGGGGGGGGGGUAUUUUGUUUUGUCUGAUUAAAAGUUUGAUAAAAAACUUACACAAUAACCAAGUGAAAAUGACUGCAGGAACA